GACACUAGUCAUCACUCAUCACAAUCGGUCCUGUAUUCUUCCGAAUCCCAAUAGUUUUUUUCAGAAAUACAAGAAAUUUCAACAAACUUUUAAGUGUUUUCAGCCUCAAUUGACUUUUAGUUCAAAGAUAAAACCAUUCAAGAACAUUUCUGGGAUAUAGGUGGUUCCACUUGGAAACUACGUCACUAUUGGGGACACCAUCUCAGCACCAAAAAAAUACCCCCUUAGAAAAUAUUUGCCAGGCGCCCAUAAACAAUGUCUGAGAAAACGAUUAAGGUAAAUGCGAGAGUGGAGAUAGCUGGGAAGAAUGUCCGGGGGAAGGUUGCUUAUGUUGGUGUUACGGGCUUCGCGGGUGGCAAAUGGGUUGGUGUAAUUCUCGACGAACCCAAAGGUAAGAACAAUGGAAGCGUAAAGGGACAUUCGUAUUUCCACUGCAUAGAUAAGUACGGAACUUUUGUGCGUCCCACGCAGCUUAUUCUGCUGGACGAAUCGACUGAAGAUCUCACAGACGGCACACCAACGUCAGCCGCUUCAAAUCGAAAUCGGUUAAGUAGCUCCCGUACUUCGCUCUCCUCGAGUAGGCAAAGUCUUACUGGUUCUCGGACGCAGCUCUCAACUUCUCUCACAGAAAGAAAUUUCACUGCGGGUAGGAAAAGUUUGAUGACUCCGCCAACAACAACUACAACGGCAACAUCCUCCACAGCUUCCUCUUCAGAAUCUCAUCCAUCGUCUAAGCGGGCUUCUUUCGUGGAAACGGGAUUCUUGGAGAUUCUGAAGCCUCAGUUCACUCCCAGUCAGCCUAUUCGAUCUCCUUCAUUCACCACUCCACCUGCAGCCUUGGGUGCUACUUCAGCUGGCGAGGAAAAGGCAACUAACGCAGAACAACAGCAAAUAAUCGACGGUCUGAAGACUCAAGUAGAUGAUCUGACCGAAAAACUGGAAACGCUUAAGCAGCGUCGCUCAGAGGACAAGGAACGUCUGCGAGAGUUCGACAAAAUGAAGAUUCAAUUUGAGCAGAUGCAGGAGUUUAGGUCAAAAAUAAUGAAUGCCCAAACGCAGCUCCAGAGAGAUUUGCAAAGGGCAAAACAGGAAGCAAAGGACGCAAUAGAGGCAAAAGAACGGCAUGCCCAGGAAAUGGCUGACUUAUCCGACAACGUGGAAAUGAUUACUCUCGACAAAGAAAUGGCAGAGGAGAAAGCCGACACUCUUCAGUUGGAAUUAGAUUCCACGAAAGAAAAAAUCGAAGAGUUGACUUUGGAUUUGGAGCUUCUCCGAGCAGAAGUCCAGAACAAGGCUGACUCAGAACAUGGCAACAGAGCAAUUGGUGAUGGAACAGUAACUGCUUACGAAAUCAAGCAACUUGAACAGCAGAACCAUCGCUUGAAGGAAACACUUGUGCGUCUUCGGGACUUAAGUGCGCACGAUAAGCACGACAUUCAGAAGCUAACAAAAGAGCUUGAAAUGAAGAAAUCCGAAGUAGCUGAGCUAGAACGCACAAAAGAGAAGCUCUCAGUUAAGUUGGACGAACUGGAAGCAACCGUUGCUGAUCUUCAGGAACAAGUAGAUGCAGCUUUGGGCGCUGAAGAAAUGGUUGAGCAGUUGGCAGAGAAGAAAAUGGAAUUGGAAGACAAAGUGAAGCUGCUCGAGGAAGAAGUAUCGCAGUUGGAAGCAUUGGAGGAAAUUCACGAACAGUUGGUAGAAAGUAAUCACGACUUGGAAAUGGACUUACGAGAGGAACUUGAUAUGGCAAAUGCCGCUAAGAAAGAAAUUCUCCGAGAGCGCGAUGCUGCCAUUGAAACCAUCUACGACCGUGACCAGACAUUGGUGAAGUUCCGAGAACUGGUGCAAAAGCUUAAUGAGCAAAUGAUAGAACUCCGCGAGAAGAGUUCUGAGAGCACAGACAUAAAGGCAUCCCUGUCCGACAACGGUGGUGUGGGAGGAAAGAAGGAUGCACUGGUAAAUGAUUCAAUCGACUACAAACAGAUGUUCGCAGAAUCCAAAGCCUAUACCAGAGCCAUUGAUGUCCAGCUAAGGCAGAUUGAGCUUACUCAAGCCAAUGAAAGAGUUCAAAUGCUAACUGCCUUCAUGCCGGACUCUUUUAUGAACAGAGGAGGGGACCAUGACUCGAUUUUAGUAAUUUUACUCGUCGCUCGAAUCGUUUUUAAAUGUGGCAUAAUUGUCAGCCAGACACGCGAAAGAUUCCCAGCCGUUGAGAAUAUAUCCAAGGACGCAGUCAUCCAAGGUCACAGCGUGCAUCAAUUCUCUUUCAAGUCCAGAUUGUUGCACUACAUUCACAACCUUCAAUGUGCUCUGCAUCAAAUUCUAUAUGGCCUGAACUGUUGCCAGCCUGAUACACUUUUGCGAGCAGGUGGUUCACUUCCUGAAAUGAUUGCGCAGGAGAAAACUGUAGACUCCAUCAUAGAACUCCUAAAGCAAAACCAACUCGAUGAAAACUCCUUCACAGAAAACAUCGAAAAAUGUGUUUCUUUCUUCAAUGCAAUGAAUUCCGUACUUCUAGCCGGAGAAGACCUCCUGAAUGAAACCCAAAUGAUAAGAGAUUGUGUUGCCUCAUUGGGCUCCGCUUGUGACUCCAUCCUUACUGAUGGUUCUAUGAUCCGCGCCAUCAUUCGGGAAACCAGCGACACCAGUGAUACGAUACUUCUGAUGCAGUACGUAAUUGAAAAUGCCGAGAAUGUGAAACAGAACAUAAAGUUGAUCAAACGACGACUGCCCCAAGAUCUCCAUGUGGUGAAAUGCAACAUAUCUCCACAUAAAAUUGAAACCAUGCGCACAAUAACCGCCUCUCUGAGUAAAAUAAUGUCCGCUCUGCACAUCGCUUCCAAGCAGGCUGUGCAAACAAUUAAUUCAUCGAUCGAGAGCGAUAAUGCGGCAGAGACCACAAUUGAGCACUCAAAAUUCUGGGAGAUUCUAUCGUCUGCUUGUGAACGCGUUUAUGAACAGGACGAUAGAGGUCCAUCGCAGAACUUCAAGGCCGUACUGGCUCCCGCUAACACAGACUUAGCUCAACUCGCUCAAUAUCUGCUGGAUAACGAGUAUGAGAUAAUGUCUAGGGCAAACGCCAAGGUCGCCGAAAAACAGGUCUCGCCGAUUCUAAUGCGGGCUCAAUUCAUCAAGAAGCAACUCGAACAAAAGAAUGUCCUUGCUGCUACACUGGAAAAUCGUGAGGCUGACAUAAAGCAACUUAAGUUGGCCGCCAAGAUGAAGCAAAGCGAGCUCUCUGAGAUGCAAAUUCGCAAAGACAUUGCGGAGAAGAAAUUAUCUGUACUGCAGCAUGAUCAUGAAGUUACAAUUGAAAAACUGAAGCGGCAGUACGAAGAAACCUAUGACCUCCUCAAAAAGAAAGAAAAAGAAUUCGAGGACACCAUGGACCACUUGCAGAGUGACAUUGAAGCCCUUGAGAGUGAAAAAUCGACACUCCGCGAAAAACUUAAGCUCAACACAGGCAGCAGUACUUCGAAGAGAAGUGACACCACUACCCCAGCUUCGUCAAACAUCGUGAGUGCAACAGUCACUGCAGGUUCACCUAUCCUUGCAGAAGAGGUUAAUCUCCUGAAGAGUGUGCUUUUGGAGGAGCGCAAUGAAAGAUUGCGCCUGCAGGCAGACUCCAUCAAACAAAAACUCAAACUAUUUGAUCCCAUCCACGUUCCACAGGCUAAGGACAAACGUAUAAUUGAGCUAGAGAACCAAUUGGCCAAAAUGAAGCACGAUUGGGCACUGUCCUUCUUGAAGACGUCGCCUUCCUCUAAAGCUUCAAGCAUUGAGAUGUACAAGCGGCAGAGAAUGUCAAUUGAGCGAGAAGCAAGAACACUAGCAUCUGAGAUUCUCGGUGAGUACUUUCAAAGAAAUCCACAUCGGGCAGCGCCUUCAGACUUCUCUCAAUUCCCAACUGUGGAAGUAAAAAAAGUAUUUCAAAUGUAAAGUAAAAUCUUAAUACUCUUCUUUUUUUAAUCAUAAACAAAAGACAUUUAAUGCGCGGCAGCCAUUGUGUGCUAAAACCUUAAAAAUCAAAAUUAUCUGUAAUACUAAACAUUAUUCUAACUUAUUUAUAUAAAAAAUAAUAAAAUAAAAUUGUUAUACAAUUAUUUA